AUGCCGAGUCGUCGCCGCCGCAACCGCAACCGCGUCCUCUCCUGCGUCGGCGCAGCUUCGGUGGGCGCGCUGCUCUUUUUCGGCGCCCACUCCUCCAGCAUCGGCCUCGGCGGCGGUACUUGGCCGCAGCACCAGGACCAGCUCUUCCGGUCGCCGGGGCCACCGCCGCCGGAAACCCUAAUGUCGAUGCCGCGCCAGACGUCAGAGGCCGAUCUGACCUUCGCGCGGCGCCUGCUGCCCACCCGCCGCCACUCCCCGCCGCAACUCCGGGAGGAUGCCGUCCUCCUCCCGGACCGGGGGGUUCUCGUCCUGUCCGCUGACCCUGCCGUGGGGAACGCCAUGUGCGUCUUCCAGGGUGGGGCGUCCUCCCCGGCGCGUGCGCUCGGGAGGCUGCCGGGGCCCGGGCGCCACGCCUACCUCUGUCCCCUGCCCGGCUCAGAGCAGCCGCUCCAACCACCACCCCUGCUGCUUUCAUCUUCCUCUUACUCCUCGGCUGCCCCCCCUGCGACUGCCCCCGCCCCUGCCCCUGCCCCUGCCCCUGUCGCCGAUUUCCGUAAGUUGCUCAACUGGAAUGACAGUCUCGUCUUUGAUUCCGCCCCUCUCCCCGGAGGCGAUCUUCUCCUCUUCGCCAAGGGCACGAACCACCACCAAGGGGUCAUCAACACUGCCACUUCCAACAUCCAGUGCAUCUACACCAGAGACUCCGAUGGCAUGGUGGCCUCCUCCCCCGCCACCACUUCAGCCCAGCAGGUGAUCAGGUGCCCCUCUCCACCGGCUCCUUUCAAUUCCAGCAACCUCCAUGUCACAGUAGCCCUCAACGGCCAGGAGCCUAUACCCUCACUUGCCACCUACAAUCCACAAAACACUGCCUUGUCUGUGACACGUGAAAGGAAAUCGAUCUGUGCCUGCACCAUGGUUCGAAAUGUCGCCAAGUUUCUGCCUGAAUGGGUGAGGUACCAUGCUGCAGUGGGUGUUGAGAAGUUCUUUCUAUACGACAAUGCAAGCGAGGAUGACCUAGCAGGGCAGGUCUCUAGUUUGAACUCUGCUGGCAUUGAUAUCUCCACCGUGGCCUGGCCCUGGACCAAAACGCAGGAAGCAGGGCUUUCUCAUUGCGCAGCCUUGAAUCAACCUUCAUGUGAAUGGAUGGCAUUCACGGACGUAGAUGAAUUCAUGUUUUCACCAAACUGGAACGAGGUCGACAAGCCUUCGAAAUCGUUGCUUGAGUCAGUUGUUUCCGUUGAUCCGGAGGUUGGCCAGAUAUUCCUCCCCUGCUACGAUUUUGGUCCCUCUGGCCAAACAGCACAUCCGCAGGAAGGGGUGUGCCAAGGCUACACCUGCCGGCUGACGAGAGCUGAGCGUCACAAAUCAUUGGUCCGCCUUGACGCGGUGGCAGAUUCGCUUGCAAAUUCUGUACACCAUUUUACACUAAAGCCUGGUUUCCAAAAAAUGUGGACUACUUUGGCUCGCAUAAACCACUACAAGUAUCAAGCUUGGACAGAAUUCAAAUCGAAGUUCAAACGACGCGUGUCAGCAUACGUGGCAGAUUGGACAGAUCCUGUUAACCUGCAAUCCCAUGACCGGGCCCCCGGGCUGGGAGUUGAUCCUGUUGAACCAGUUGGCUGGGCGGAGAGCUUUUGCGAGCUUAAGGAUUAUACUAUGAAGAAACUAAGUGAGAAGUGGUUCGGAAUUGGGUCUGGAGGCCGUGGAGCAAUAACAGAGUUCAACUCUAACGGUGACAUUGCUCCCUCCCCCUCUCUUCCAUAGCUUAUAGUAGUAAUAUAAAAUAACUAAAGCUAGUAUAUAUAAAACACUCAACUUGCCAAAAAAAAUAUAGCCCUUAACUUGAUUAGUACAUUUUUACAAAGAACCAAGGCAUGCCAUUUUUAUUGUUUAUAUCUGCAUAUUAGAAAUGUCAUUACUUACAUCAGUAUGUUCUCCUUGCAGUUUUCUCAGCCAUUCACUGUCAGACAGUAAUCUGCACUUGUUUUCUUCAAAUUGAGCUAGUUUAGGAUUUCUGGCCAAUGAUGAUAUAUUCUGGUUUAGCUGUUGCAAAUUGACCUCCGCAGCAGUAUGCACUGAUGCACCAUAUUUACCUUUUGGUUUUAUUGUUUUUUGGCACCUGAUGCUCUUUUUGCUGAAAGUGUAAAAUCCACAAGGCAGACACAUCAGGAAUUUGUUUCUCUUUCGACUUUACUUGGUUCAAAUGAUUAAUAGCAAUCAAUCUGAGGCGGAUCAAAUUUUUGCAUGGUCUCUUCGACGCAAAUGAUAUAUAUGAAUUAAUCUAAGGCCUUCUUUUUUCCUGGAUGUUCUUUUCUGGUGCAAAGGAUAUGUGCAUGAAUCCAUCUGAAACUCAUCGGCUGGUAGAGCCUUGUGCAGAAUAAAAUCUGAGGCCAGAUGUAGCUUAGCUCUUUUUGUUUCACUUUUGUUGUUUGGGGUUCAGUGCUUGAUUCUCUUGUUUUUCUUUUGACUGCACGGUAGUUUCUGGUUUUGCAUGAGGUUAUUAUUGUUUUUUUACAGGUUAUUGGCAUGCUUCUGUUCGGUUUGCGUCACCUGUUCUUCUGGGUGCAGUUGUAGUUUGGUGGGCGCCAGUGGCUGCUGCUGCCGAAUAUCGAUAUUUUGGUGGGCUAUUUCUUUUUCUAGAUGUCUUGGUUGUUCUUCAAUAUUUUAUGGUUGGAGUUUUUUGCGGUUUCUGACAGAUUACAAUUUUCCCCGAGAUCCCACCAUCCAAGGAGCUCGUGCUAAAAGGACCUCACCCUUCUCUUGUGUCGACGUUUGGGCCAUACUUCUGCCAGCCAAUUAUUGCCGGGCUAGGAGAAUGAUCAGCCAUUUAUAUGUACCAUGGAUUUGUAUUGGUGCCAAGUAUGUAUUAGUUCUCGUCUUUCUGCGACUUUUUUCCUUUGUUACUUCUCAAAAGUCCAAUUGAUUUGAAUUUGUCUGUGUGCUAAUGGUUCGUUCACAUACUUCAAUCUACCAUAUGCAUGUGUAUCGUAGUUAUCAGUAUUCAGCUUAGGGUUAGUCAUAAUCCUCAGAUAUAUUUAAUCCUGGGUCGAGAUUGAUUUCUUGUCAAGAUUCAUCCAUUUGCUCCCUAUUUCUAAUAAGUUACACCAAGAACUGAACAGCGGUCAGUUGUAACUGUGAGAUGUAUGGAGAGUGCCUUCCCUGAGAAAACAUGAAUAUUGAACCAAGUAUUUCAGGAAAACCAAACUAAGGCAUAAAAAGCACUAAGAACAAAGAAAUCACUUAAUAUUGGCCUAUAUAUUACUACAUAGAUGAUUUGGAAGGGUUCUCUUGUUUAGGGUUAGCUAUGAGCCAUACAAAGUUGCAUUGUUAAUGUAGGCAGUAUGCCAACAUCUAUUUCCGUCUGAUAUGUACUUUCUUGGAACCACGUUGCUUCAUGUCGAGUUUCUUGAAACAUGAUAAAUAUUGAUUGUGUGGAUCCUAGUGCUGGCUUUCUUGUCUCGCUAUUAUAUCUGUAGCAGGUAAUCUGAUUAAAGUGCUUCCUUUAUGCAAGGAGCUGGCAAAAGAUUUUGUGGUUUCUGGUACUGUUUGAGAAUCAGUAUAUGGUGCUUGUGAGUCCAUGUAUAAACCAGACAUGGUUCGUUUACUUGAUUGAGAAAUGCCAUCCAGAGUGCCAUAGUAAUUUCCGUUAUGUGGUUUUGCACUGUAAAUAUGACAAAUUCUUUGUUCAAAUUUUUAUUUGGUAAAUGAACCCGAAGAACUAUUUGAGACAAUCUCACAAGCAUUGUUGUCUUCUGUUGAUCCUGAUUGCCUGAGUGGCUGGGGAGGUUAUGUUCUCAUUGUGUAAGUUCCACAUGUAUCUUGAACUCUUACUGUAUGCAUAUUAUUAUACCAAAAAUACACAUGUGAGUAUGUGAGCAUCUUUCUGCUAACUGAAUACUUACCAACUUAUUAUGUAAUUCAUUAUUUGGGCAGUUGCUGUGCCAAAGUGCACCCCUUAAAAUGCUAACCCAUUCAAAACGUGUUUGAUAUUUGAACAUCAGGUUUGUUGAACCAACACUGCUUUGUUAUUAUGCACAAUAACUUUAGUAAUUGUGCUUGUGAGCUCAGAGAAGAAGGUGCUUUGUCAGUUCAUUUGAAGUUCUUCCUUACAUUCUGAAACUUUAUUUUCCUGGUUGCAGAACGCCCACUGAAGUUUAGGAGAGAGUGCUCAAGGGAAGGAUGGUUCGCAGCACCUGUAGCCCUAGAUCACAUAGAAGAUUAUUCCGUCAUUCGACCUAAAACCUGCGAGGUCCAUUUAAUCAGAAAGUAAAGAACCUUUAGCAUGGAACAUAUAUAUGAUUUCUGAUUCUGUUCUCUGUCCUACAACUUGGAAACAUGCCACUGAAGGCAUGUGUGCCUGUGUAUGUACUUCGUUGCAUGCGUCCUUGCAAAAAUUGGCUGGAAGAAUUUCGUCUGA